CGCUGCCGCUCUUCGUGUCUGCGUUGUUGCCGGAAGUUAAGAUGGCGGCGUUUACCGCCGAGACGGACCUGGUCACGGGCUGGUGUCUCUUCGGCAUCGCUUUACUGGUUAUCCUUGCUUUCUGCUGGGUUUAUGUCCGCAAAUACCAGAGUAGACAGGAAAGUGAAGUAAUUUCUACUAUAACAUCUAUUUUUGCUCUGGCAAUUGCACUUAUUACAUCGGCACUCUUACCAGUGGACAUUUUUCUUGUUUCUUAUGUGAAGUACCAAAAUGGUACUUUUAAGGACUGGGCUGAUGCAAAUGUUACAAGACAAAUUGAAGACACAGUAUUAUAUGCAUACUACACACUGUAUUCCAUCAUAUUGUUCUGUGUGUUCCUAUGGAUCCCUUUUGUCUACUUCUACUAUGAGGAGAAGGAUGAAGAUGAUGGCAACACAUGCUCACAGGUUAAAACUGCAUCCAAGUAUACACUAGGAUUCCUCCUGGUUUGUGCUGUUCUUCUACUAAUUGGAGCCUUUGUUCCAUUGGAUAUUCCCAACAAGAACAAUUCAACUGAAUGGGAGAAAGUGAAACUUUUAUUUGAAGAACUUGGAAGCAGCCAUGGUUUGGCUGCUUUAUCCUUCUCUAUAAGUUCCUUGACCCUUAUUGGAAUGGUGGCAGCUAUUACCUAUACAGCUUAUGGCAUGUCCGCUUUGCCUCUAAACCUAAUAAAGGGGACAAGAAAUGCUAGUUAUGAACGCUUGGAAAACACUGAAGAUAUUGAGGAAGUUGAGCAAAGCAUACAAAGGAUUAAAUCAAAGUGUAAAGAUGCCCGGCCUUUACCAAGUCGGGAUAGGCGAACGCUGCAACAACUUGAAGAUAAGCUAAGAACCCUUCGAAGGAGAGGGCGGCGUCUGGAAUACAUUGAGAAGAGCUGCUGGACAAGAUUCUGUGGAGCCAUGAGGCCGCUAAAAAUUGUAUGGGGAAUAUUUUUCAUCCUUGUGGCCUUGCUGUUCACAAUUUCUCUCUUCUUGUCAAACUUGGAUAAAGCACUACAUUCAGCUGGCAUAGAUUCUGGAUUUAUAAUCCUGGGAACUAAUUUGACCAACCCACUCAAUAUGCUGUUACCGGUUCUACAAACUGUUUUCCCUCUCGAUUAUAUCCUCAUUACUACUAUCAUCAUGUACUUCAUCUUCACCUCAAUGGCAGGAAUUCGAAACAUGGGUAUAUGGUUCUUCUGGAUAAGGCUGUACAAGAUCAGACGGGGGAGGACACGACCACAAGCACUUCUCUUUCUCUGCAUGAUACUUCUAUUGAUAGUUCUUCACACCAGCUAUAUGAUCUACAGUUUGGCCCCUCAGUACGUUAUGUACGGAAGCCAAAAGUAUCUAAUUCCGAAUAAUAUGACACUUGAUGGACAUAUGACAAAUGUGACCACAAAUCUAUCAAAAGUCUGCGAUGCAGAUGCCCCAGAAGACCAGUGCACUGUUACCCGAACUUAUUUAUUCCUUCACAAAUUCUGGUUCUUCAGUGCUGCGUAUUACUUCGGCAAUUGGGCUUUUAUCGCAGUCUUCUUAAUCGGAUUAAUAGUGUCCUGCUGCAAAGGAAAAAAAUCUGUCAUUGAAGGUGAAGUAGAUGAAGAUGAUUCAGAUAUAAGUGACGACGAGCCAUCGCUCUAUUAUGGUUGACAGCCCGUACUCCUGAAGGUUGAAGGAUGCAAUGUAAAACUGUGAAAAUGUCAUUUUGGUUUGGACUUUAUUCUUGGAGAAGUUCACAUUUGCCAAUGUUGAAAGGGGAUAAGUGAUGUAAAGCUGAAUUGGGAAUUUUUGAGCAUCUUAUUACCCUAUGAUUAAUCAAAUAUGUACAUAUGUAACCACAAAAGAGAUAAUUUUAUGCAGGAAUGAUUAAAAAGUACUAUUUUUGAGUAUAUAUUGAUGCUGUGAAAUCAUUUAAGUUAGCUUUCUGUUAAACUUUAGUUUUAAAUUACUUUAUGCUUUGUUCCCCAUGAUAAGGUAGAAAAGGCAUGUGUCUUACAGGAACCUGAAGCUUACAUUUGCCAGUGCUUGUUGAUAUAUAACUAUUAGUGAGUAAAAGCACAAUACUGUACUGUUCCCUCCCAUGUCAUACACAACUGUAGUAUACUGGGACCAAGACCCAGGCUUACUGGAUGCCUUCCCUGUAGAAUAUAAUUGAACUGGGAGAUCUCACAUAUAUUUGAACAUGUUUCUUCCUAUAACUCUGCAAUAUAGAACAUGCUUAUUGCAGGGUUAAGGAAAUCCUUCCUUCAGGUAAAUGUGGGAUCUCCAAGUACAGUUCUUAAAAUAUUCAGUGGGACAGAUGCAAGAGAGAAUACCCAUGCCUUUCUCAACCCUAACAUUCAUGGGAAGGGGUGGGGUGGAAAAAGUGGUGUAGCCUGUACACACCCACAUAUUGAAUAUACCCAAAAGGUUCUCUGUCCAAAGAAGAACAUAAACGAAGGUACAGAUUCCAUUCUUUCUGUAGUUUGGAGAUUGCUGUUCCUCCAUCGUCUAAUCUAGAAGUAUGUGUGGAUUUUUAAAAUAUGUUGAGUAUUACUCACCAAGAUUAGUUAUUGUUUGCUUUUUACCAUCUCCCAGCUGAUUAAUACCAAAUAAGUUGAAGUGAUUUUUUUUAAACAGUUGAAAUUUGUAUACAUUGUCAUUUUGUUUAGAUGUAUAACUAAAUGCAAUGUCUGCUUAAAAUCAUGCAAAGAUUUUCUGUAUCAUUUUGUAAAAUAAACUAAUCAGGAGCUUGACUACAUGCAACUCUGAAACAUUCUUGUAACCUGAAAUCUGAUACUUAAUUUUAACUCUGGUCUUUGCUGUUUUAGACUUAACUUUCCUCCUUAAAUUAUUACAGUUAAAACAAAUGCUUGUAAAUGACAGUUUUCCAUGCUGCAGCAAUUUUGAGUAUUGUCUCAAUAUUUUGUAAAAUAAUAUUUAAGGUUCAUCCUUGCUGCUUAAUUAUAACGGCAUGUGAAUUAUUUGAUUUAACCUGUUCUAGUUUCUGGAUUUCCAAUUACAGUAGCAAUUGUUGUUUAUUUUCUCAAAACAAUGGUCUGGCCUUCGGGGAGAGAGAAAAAUGGGCUAACAGCACCAUCCUUUUGGGAUGGCCCAUAUGUCUCCGAACUUGAAGGCUUAUGGCCAUCCAGUGCAGAGUGAGAGGAGUGGCAGAGGCAAUCUCCGCCUCCCUGCUUCUCUCACUCUAUACUUUAGCUAGAUGGGCUUUUUCACCCAUCUAGCUGGGGUGAGUCAGAGGGGGAGGGAAGGAUGCUGCAGAGACCUGGGGCUAUAGCAUAACCCAGCCUCUCCAGAACACUCCCCAUCACUAGAAUUUCCCCUUUGCCCCCUCUCCAAGGUAGCUUUUGUGAUCUCAGAGAAGGAGCCAGCACGGUUCUUUCCACGCCAGUUCUGAGAAGGCAGGGAGCAGGGAUUCUGGGCUCUAAGGUCGAAGCGCUGUCUCCAACCUCUGAUCCAGGAAUCUAAAAUAUUCUAUCCCACCCACCCCAGACGCUGUCUAGGUACCAUAGGAUUGCUCACUCUGUGUGUGUGUGCGUGUGUGUGUUGGAAGAGGCAUAUGAAAGGUGUAGCCUCCUUAACUUUAAUGUAUCUUAGCACAUUUCUUAUUGCAGCACAGUAAAAUUUCAUUAUUUGCUAUUCUGCUUUCCUUAUAUUACCUCGCUUAUCUUCAUUGCUUGUCAAUGCAGGUAAAAUACUUGACCACAGAUUAAAGGAAGCUUGUGGUGGUCCUUAAAAACAAAUACCUAAAGGCCUGGCUGUGACUUCUGUGUGAUUCUACAUAAUUGGAAAUAAAACAAUGAGCCAUCUUAAAGAAACUGACAUUUAUUGCAUACUUUGCAUAUCAAUGUGUAUUUAAAGGGGUUUCAAUCAUAAAGGCAUGCUCUAAUAUGCAGAGAUCUGUAUCAGCUCUUGCAUACAGACUGGCCCAUUCAUUUCAGGAAAGGAUUUAUAAACACGGUUCUUUUAGCAUCUUGGGCCUGUCUAUUGAAAAGAGCAGGAAGGGUACUUCUGCAUCAGAGUUCCUGCAUGUGGUAUAAUUACAAUACUUAUCUAAUGAACUUGCUGACAAAGCUCUUAAAAUACUCAAUGCCCGUGAUUCUUUUUCUAUGGUUGACAACCAGGUUGCUGAGCACUUUUUCAUUUAUUGCCCUGUAUAAAUCUUAAUUGGCAUUUAUCUGAGCUGUGUUAACAAUUGUAAAUGGGUCCUUGUUUUUCAUUAUUUCACUUUGCCACUACAUUCUGCUGAAGAUAGAUUGUGCCCUUUGACAUGACCAUUAAUUUUGGUGCAUAGGUAUGAGUGCACUCUUGGAGUGCCAGGGAGGAGCACUCUCUCAGUAUCCAAUAUGUCCUUCACAUUUCUAAGACGCAUAGGGUUCUUCUUUAAGAGCCAAAUGGCCAUUAAUUCUUCUAUUCAUUCUUUGCUUCCUUGAUUCUAAGAGCACUUCAGAAUUUGGUUUCACAUCACGACGUUGAGGACUUACAGCAGUAUUGCCCUGAAAUUCAUAUGUUUCUGUCCUACAUUUCACUAGAUAUAUUUCAUCAAAUAUGUUAGUGUCACUCAAGCACUAUUUCAUUUAUUAAUGCCAGGCUUUGGGAGAUGGUGUCUGUCUUAUGAAUUUUUUUCUCCCAAACAUUUGGCAAAGUAAAUCAAGACAUGGAAACCUGCUGAAAUGUAAUCGUAAAGUGCAAGUUGCAAGGAAGUAUUUCAAGAUUUUAGGCUUUAUGUAGAGUAUAACCUUCAAGAAGCUUUCUGGCUUAAUUAACUUUGCUCAUAAUGGAGAAUGACUGGAAGCCUGCCUCUGUUUCUGUGUGGAUGUUCGCAUGUCCCGACAGCCUCCGUGGGUUAUUUAACCCAAGGUGAGGUUGCGGUGCAAAUGUGUGUGCAUGUGUGUGUGCCAUUUUGUUUAACCCUCACAUAACCCAUGCUCGCUGGGUUCGAUGACAUAACAACCCCUGAGAAGCGCAUCAUUGGUUAAAUAACUCACAACAAGUUUGUCAUCACAACCUUUGUGUGUGUAUAUAUAAAAUGCCAUUUUGAAGAAUACUGAUUCUGUGAGAAAUUUAUUUCUAGUUCUAUUUAAACUUUAUACUUGGCUCUGUUACUCUGUACAAACAGUAAGAGCACAGACUUUUUAUCCCAUGGAGUCUUCCCAGAUUUGUUUUUUUUAAAAUAUAUAAAGUGUAAUGGUGAAUUAAGAGGAUGAAGUUCAUUUGAAGUUUACAUCAAGUGUUCAGAACUGAAAGCUGUUUUGUUAACUACCAUUCCUUAUCUGUAUUUUCACGGGAGAUCAUGUUAGUGAUUUGCUAUUCUAUUAUAUGCAUAUGUCUAAACAAUAAAUAUUUUACAUACCUUU